GCAUCAAAAAUCUUUGCUUGCCAUCUUCUACCUCUCUUUUCACGAUUCCAAUGUGCAGAUCAAUCUUUCAUAGUUGUAAGCUCAGUUCAAGAUGAAUCUCUAUACGCCUGGUGAUGGGUGGUUUGGUACGCAUGUCACAUGGAAAGAUAUUGAAGAAGAUAUGCGAAGGGAGCUAAACACCGAAGCUAUCUUUGGAAAGAAUAAAAACGUUGAAAACAUUGGAGAAGGGAAAGGCUUCAUGUCUAGGAUUGUACUCGUGGACCCGGAUUGGCAGCAUAAGGAUAGAAAUCUGCCUGAAAGAUUCGUCGUAAAAAUACUAACUCUACUAGCAAUGCGCAAGCUCAAUGACGACAUGGUAGAAAAAAAUGGUACCGACAGCAACUUUUUCACUGAAGAGCUUAUGCGUGAUUUCGAAGAACGAGCGAAAGCUCUCCACAAUGCUGAGGUAACGCUUUACAACCACGUGAUGACAUUGCAGGCAGGGAAAUUCCCAGCACCAAAGAUAUACUACACAAGAAAAUUUUCUGAAUCAAAUCCAGUGAAAGGCUAUAUUAUAAUGGAGCAUAUGGAAGAUGCCAAGAUUGUUAAUAUCUAUGAAAAUGUUCCACCAAAAGCUAUGAAUAAGAUACUACAUGCUCUGGCGUUCUUGGAAGCUUGUUUUUUAAAUGUGAACACAAAGAAAACUGACCAUUUCACACAAAACAUGUUUUCAGAGCUUUAUGGGCCACUCCUUGACGAAAAGGCCAUUGAAUCUUCAAUCCAGUCAUUGCGAAAAUUUGGGGGUGAAUACUUGGCAGAAAAGAUAGACAGCCUGAAUGAUGUAGUAAGGAAAUUCCUGGAUGCAACCACCGCGGACGGGUUGUCGGAGGAGCUUGGGAUGCAGCGAGUUGUUUGUCAUGGCGAUUUAUGGUCAGGAAAUAUUUUAUGGAGACGAAGUGAUGACGAUGGUUUGGACUUAGCAGCUUUGCUUGAUUUUCAGACUGUGAGUAUGGGCUGCGCAGCUUCUGACUUGGUUCGCGUUUUUUGUGCGUGUCUCAGUGGGCGAGAUAGGCAGGAGCACUGGGAAGAGCUGCUGGAACAGUUCUAUGGCUAUUUGAAGGAGGAAAUCUCGGAUCAGCUAUUGCCGUAUAGUCUUGAGCAACUUAAAGAAUCUUACCUCCGCUUCUUUCCUUUUGGUGCAUUUUUGAUUGCAUCACUUAUCGGAGGACUUUUCGAUAUUCUAUGUAAAAAUCCAGAUGAAGAGCAGAAAAAGAAGAGCAUGCAAACAGCAAGAGAAAAGCUUGAGUGCCUCCUGGAUGACAUUGUUUUCUUCUACCAUCGAAAUCAGAAGUCACUGGAUCAAGAACACCCAAAAAAUAUUCAUAACCAUUCAGCUCGAGGGACGUUAGAUUUGUGUUUCAAUGGACACUUUGUACAGCGUGUGCAAAAAGCUGCUUCCUUUUAG